UCGCUUUUGACAUUUCAGGGAUCUGAUCUAUAUACGUCGCUCUCGAUGACACAAUCAGCUGAUUCAACGGCGGUUUUGCGUCGAACGGAUAAAAAGGCGGGCUUUCGAGAAGCAGAGCGACAAUAACCUCCUGCCCUGUUUGCGAUAUUUAACAAACAUAUUACAUCGUAAUAUCAUGUCGCAGCCAUCGGUUACGGCGUACUUUAAUACGCGCAAACGUCAGGCGUGCGACGAGAUACGCGGGAAAUCUAAGGUUUUGCUGCUGGAGCGAGAUCACUCGGGCAGCCAAACGUUGACAUCUGCCAGCGACUCGGAACAGGCUGAUGAACGAGGCGAUAAGAGAACGAGUCCGAGGAUCAUGCAGAGGGACGCCCCGGUUAAAGAGGUGAAUCGCGCGAAUAAAGCGGUCCGCAAUAUCCAGUUCGAUUCUUCCAAGGCGACCCUCGACAAGACCCCGAAUAGGCCCAGGACGCGUGCGAUGCGUUCGCGUGCGUUGUCCACCACCGAUGGUACCCACCCGGAUAUCAGGGAUAGUCUGCUGAAGGCGAGCGGUGACUCGGAGACUAAGAAAGUCCUCUUCGAGAAGAAAGGUAUGCUCAGCCCUCAGAAAAAGAAGCCGCAAACUCCCACCAAGUGUUCCAUUGUCCCCAAGGACAGUGCGAGCAAGGUCGAGAAUGAACGAUCCGUCAGUGAGUGUCCACAGACUCCACCUUCUUCGAGAAAAAUGUCAAUGAUGGAGAGGCUCGCGAAGAACGAUGAUUUAAGCUUGGCUGAGAUCAAAAACAGAAUUAACAAGUCCUCCAGAUUAGCAGAGCUGAAAGCUAUAACACAACGAUUUGCAAAUCAUGAACGGGCGCUGGAGCAACUGCAGAAGCGGAAUGAAGUUAAGAAACCUCAGAUGCAAAAGUUUGAAAAGAUAGAACUUGAAAUUCCUGUGAGUCCACAGAAGGCAUGCAAAUCUCCAAUCAAAGCAUUGCGAACUCCAACCAAAAAUGCAGAUCUUUCAAAGCUAGCCAGUCCUCAGAGGAAAAUUUUAUUUGAACCUAAAGAAACAACACCAAGUCCGAUCAAAUCUAGCCCGAUUAAGGCAUAUCAAAAGUAUCUGUCAUUGGCAGAAAUACCUGGAUUAGCGUUGCCUUAUGACUAUAGAUUCCUUGCUGAAGCAUUCAGAUGUGUAGAUACGGUUUCAGCAAUGCUGUUUAAUAGAAAGGAAUUGAUAACAUUCAAUAAACUGAAACCUGCAGUUCAAGAGUUGCUGCGACGUAAUUUUACACUGGAACAUCUGGCUCAAAUAAAAACUAUUUAUCCUGAUGCAUACACUUAUCAUCAAGAGAAACAUCGCAAUUUUGGUUCAAUAUCCAAACAUGAGAGAUAUGAAUUAAUUGUGACACCUGUGGUUGAAAAAACUAAUGGAAGAAAUACUCCCGAUGCGGAUAAUGUAUUGAAGACUGCCUCUGAAAGUAGCAUGAGUCCUACAAUACUGCUUGAAAGAAGAAAGAAAUUUUACAAUAUUUUAUUAGAGAGAGUGAAAGAUGAACAUGAGAAAUUUUUACUGAGUUUUGAAAGUCCAAGGUUAAUGAAUAUAUCAAGGGAGAAAAUAGUACGCUGGCAUCCCGAGUUUGAUGUGGAAUCUUGCAAGAAAAUUGAACAAGCCGAAUUACCGCAGCCACCUGUUGUCGAGAAGGCAUCUGCUAAAGAUGUUCUUGAUAAAGCUAAAUCUUUGUUCAAUUGUGGUACACGCAUGGAAAAAGCAUUGAAAAGGUUGGCUGAAGCAAACUUAACUAUGAAAUCUAAAUCCCCAUCUUCACAAGAUUCUACAAUGCAAACCACAGAAGAUGGUAUUCCAAAAGUUAAUAUUGGCAUUAUAGAUACUCCACCAAUCACGCCGUCCACACAAACCAGUCAUCCAAAUACACUAUUUAAAGGAAUCCCCAAAGCUCUACUGGAAAAAGUUCGAGCUAGGCAGGAGGCCAAAGCAUUAGAAGCAAUGACAAGAACACCUAAUGCAGACAAGGAAGUUGCAUUAUACUCUAGACUUCCCGAAUUGGCAAAACUGCUUCGCAAUAUUUUCGUAGCAGACAGGAAGGGCGUUUUGCCGUUGGAGACAGUGAUACAACAGUUAGACAAUUCUUUCAGAACGAAAUUAACAGUGCAGGAAAUGGAAGAGCAUAUACGACAAUUGUGCAAGCUGUUACCUACGUGGGCUAGUAUACACAACGUACGGAAAGUAAAUUAUCUGAAAUUAGAUAAAAAUCUUGAACUUGCAAAGAUAAUUAAACGAUUAGAAAUUUUAACUAAUGAUAAAAUCAAAACGCCAUUAUGAUUUGGAUUCUAUAGAAAAUGGCUUUCGGUAAAAUUGGCUGAAAUUUUACCAUCUUAUGCUUCAAGUAAUGUUAAUUAAAAGUUACCAUUGUCACAAAACUAUGAGUCGUUUUUGUUGGGGAAAGGCUCAAAGUUCGAUAAUGAUGCCUAUGAUACUUUCUCCUCACUUUCAGAGUUAUCUAGGAUCAAGGACGUAGACCAAAUCAGAUAUUCGCUAUGUCACGUCGUUGAUCUUGGAUAACGCUAAAAGCGAGAAAGUAGGCACUAUUAUCAGUUGAGCCUUUACAGAACAAAAACGGCUCAUAGGCUUGACUUGUGACAAUGGUAACUUUUGAUCAGCAUUACUGGAAGUACAAAAUAAGUUUCAGCUAAUUUUAUCGAUAGCCAUUUUCCAUAUGUUUGCCUGCAUAGUCCUUUCAAGAAACUAUAGUUUGAAAAUAUUUUUUUCACGUGUAAUAAUAAUGAAACUAUUAUGUUUUAUAGUUAGGCAUGCUUAAUUUUUGACUUUGAGUUAGAUAUGGAUAAAAAUGAUUUAAUACAUCUUUAUAAUAUAACGACGUCAUUAUUUCUAUUUUUAACGCUUUACUUGAGCAUCUUCGAAUAUUAGGAAUUAUAAAGCAUGAAAUAAAAAAAUGCGAAUGUA